GGUACUGCUUGUGUGAGGUCCGGAGUGUUCUCACUCUCAGCGGCAUCAUCCCACUGUCUCCGAGUCCUUGCCUUUUUCUGAGGACCUCUACUGCCACCUGAGCGAACGCGGGGAGUCAAGGCCAGGCGUGCGGGGCGCCAUGAACGGCCGCCGCCUGAUGGGCGCGGCGGCGGCGGCGGCGGAGGGACUGGUUGGCUGAGGGCCUGUUUGGGGCCGAGGCAUGUGGAGCCCCGGCGGGAGCUUGCUUCAGACGCUGCCCCGACUUCUGCAGCACGACACCCUUCCGGGCCGCGCAGAACUGCCGACCCGCUGGGCCCUGUCGCGGGCGGCGGGCGGGCACGACUCAGCGGACCGCCUUCCCCGCGGGGGCGGGGCGAGCGCGGCGGAGGCGGCGGCGGCGGCGGCGGCGGCCUCCGGAGCCUUGCUCGGAGCCUAUCUGGGGCACCACGGUCAGCCUGCGGCCUCUGAGCUGCCGGCGCCGGGCGCGGCCUUGGCGGGCAGCCCCGGGAGCGGCAGCGGCGGCAGCGUGGUGGUCGGCGUGGCCGAGGUGAGAAACUGGCGCUGCUGCUGCCUCGGCAGCACCUGUUGGUGCCGGAGCCUGGUGCUGGUCUGCGUGCUGGCCGCAGUGUGCUGCGCUUCCCUGGCCCUGGUCCGCCGCUACCUGCAGCACCUCCUGCUCUGGGUGGAGAGCCUUGACUCGCUGCUGGGGGUCCUGCUCUUCGUGGUGGGCUUCAUCGUGGUCUCGUUCCCCUGCGGCUGGGGGUACAUCGUGCUCAACGUGGCCGCCGGCUACCUGUACGGCUUCGUGCUGGGCAUGGGACUGAUGGUGGUGGGCGUCCUCAUCGGCACCUUCAUCGCCCAUGUGGUCUGCAAGCGGCUGCUCACCGCCUGGGUGACCGCCAGGAUCCAAAGCAGCGAGAAGCUGAGCGCCGUUAUUCGCGUCGUGGAGGGAGGAAGUGGCCUGAAAGUGGUGGCACUGGCCAGACUGACCCCCAUACCUUUUGGGCUUCAGAAUGCAGUGUUCUCGAUUACUGAUCUCUCCUUACCCAACUAUCUGAUGGCAUCUUCGGUUGGACUGCUUCCUACCCAGCUCCUGAAUUCUUAUUUGGGUACCACCCUGAGGACCAUGGAAGAUGUCAUUGCAGAACAAAGUGUUAGUGGAUAUUUUGUUUUUUGUUUACAGAUUAUUAUAAGUAUAGGCCUCAUGUUUUAUGUAGUUCAUCGAGCUCAAGUGGAAUUGAAUGCAGCUAUUGUAGCUUGUGAAAUGGAACUGAAAACCUCUCUGGUUAAAGGCAAUCAACCAAAUAUCAGUGGCUCUUCAUUCUACAACAAGAGGACCCUAACAUUUUCUGGAGGUGGAAUCAAUAUUGUAUGAUUCUAAUGAAAUGUAUGAUUGUUAGAGCCUAACAAUCCAAGGUCUAGCAAGCCCCUCACUAGUGGGCAGAUGCAAGUUCUAAUUGUAUUACAGCACAAAAAAACAAAACAGAAACUGACUAGUUUUUAAAUUGCACAUUUUUUAAAAAGCAAGAAUCAU